GAACAUGACUAGAAAAACCCAUGGGAACCAAUGGAUGUAAACCAUGUUAUUAGGGCGACAUGGGACUCAACAUGGCGCGGAUCGGGCGAUCAGAAACGCUCGGAUCGAUGAUUUAAGUUGAAACUGCACAAUAGUCGGAGUUUUCCAUUAAUUCCAGCUGUGCGCCUCUCCGCGCGCACGUCACUUAGAGAGGCGGUCCUAGGUGAAGCCUCUGUUUGGCAUGUUGUAGUCCGCUUCUUGCGUUCUGCUUCAGUUGCUGUGCUUUUCUAAGUGGGCAAGGGGCGAAGGAUGAAAGAGCUGAGGAGCUCCUUAUUCUCCCACCAGGUUUAUGAGUCGGACUCCUUAGGGCCCGACAUGGGGAGUCAUUGUAGGACAUUGACGCCACGUAUCAGAAACGUAAACGUUGGGGUCACACUCUUCGGCUUGAUCAGCUGAGCAUCACAGGAGCUUCUAUAGGGCCGGCGACUGUAGCAUUGUCUCACCGGAAAAUGCUACUAAAGCCUCUGAGAAUGUUCCAAUGCUAAGCCCCUCCCUCUGCUGAGUCGACUUCCCCACCGUGAGGAGCUACAGUCCAGCUCAUACCCGUCUCUUUUCGUCGUGUGGUGAGGCACCAUCACCAUUGUCAUCAUCGUCCCUGGCGACGUCCAUGUCAGCGGACGUAGAGAACACGAUGACCAUGUCCACACCGGCCGCCGACCCUAGCCCCGCCUCCCCUACCAGCUCGCCCACCUCCCCUUCGUCCAAGCCCGCCACCAUCAAGAAGAAAAAAGUCCCGGAGAAGUCGGAUGAAUACCUGCUGGGCAGGUUUCAAGGGGACGGCGUGAGGUACAAGGCCAAGCUGAUAGGCAUCGACGACGUCCCCGAAGCAAGGGGGGACAAGAUGAGCCAGGAUUCCAUGAUGAAACUCAAGGGCAUGGCUGUAGCCGCUCGCUCCCAAGGAAAACACAAACAGAGGAUAUGGAUCAACAUUUCCAUGUUGGGCAUCAAGAUCAUUGACGAACGAACAGGGGUUAUUGAGCACGAGCACUUGGUGAAUAAGAUCUCCUUCAUCGCCCGGGAUGUGACCGAUAACAGAGCAUUCGGCUAUGUGUGUGGAGGCGAGGGGCAGCAUCAGUUCUUUGCCAUAAAGACUUCUCAACAGGCUGAGCCGCUGGUGGUGGAUCUGAAGGAUCUGUUCCAAGUCAUCUUCAACAUGAGGAAGAAGGAGGCCGACGCAGCACAGAAGGGGGAAAAUGGCAGCGUCAUUGUUGAGAAUGGAAGCGCUGCCUUGCCCACUGUGGAGGGAGAAGCCAAACCUUCCCAGCCGAUGAACCAAGUGGAUCUUUUCGGGGUCAUGUCCACCCCUUCAGGCGACCUCUCCCCCCCCGAGACUAAUGAUAUUCUCUUGCUGGACUUGUCCGCGGAGGUUGACAGCAAUCAGAAUUGUAUAAAGGGAAACCCGUUUGUCACUUCCUGUGCCCCUAGCACUUGGCCGUCUACGCAGACAGAGAAUCCCUUUUCCUCCACGUUUGGCUUCUUUCCAGUGCCAAACAGUGACCCUUUCAGAGAUGACCCCUUCUCGAAAUCGCCCCCCACCCAGCCGGCGCACCCCCAUAACGCACAGAUCUCUCUGACUAGCAGGGAUCAGAGCCCCGGCUUUACGGGCCCCGUCGAUGACGAGGCCCUCUUCCACGGGGGCCAGGGUGGGGAGCAGGACCACGGUCUCGGCGGGCAGAUGAACGGGUUAAGCAGGAAGGACAUGAUGUUGGCCCUCGGUCAGGGCCAGUGGCCGCUAGAAGGCGCGGUGGCCCAGGAGCAGAGCUCACUGGAGGCGACGGACAUGCUAUUCCAAAACCCUUUCCGCAACGCAUCGGUGGCGAGUGCCUCCCCUCCUAACGGCGUAACGCACGCCACAAGCCCGACCUUUUCGAAGGACUCGGUGGUCCUCAGCCCACCCCCGCAGAACACUAAGGCUGGACGCGGUCGAAGGGCUGCUGGUGCAAAGUCUACACCCAGUGAUCUGUUCGGGGCCCAGGUGAUGGCGAACGCUGGUCAGACCGGGGACUUCUCAGAAGAGGCAGACUUCUUCAGCAGUACGGCUCCACCUGCCCAGCCUGCGUCCUCCUCCCUCAGCGCUCUGGAGAGUCUCCAUCUGGGCCCCCAGGGGACCACCUGCGCCCCCGGCCCCACCAUGUGGGGAGCCCCCCCAGCCUCCACCAUGCACUCCAUGUUCUCCGCGCCGGCAGGGGGCCCUCCCAUGGGCUUCCAGGGGCCACCGCACGGAGGAUUCCCCCAGCCGCAUGCGUACGGCCCGCCCGGGUCUUGGGGCCCACAGGUCCCCGGUCCAUUCGGGGUCCCGGGGAUCCCCCAGCCUGCCACCGCCUGGAUGCAGCCCCCUCACGCCGGCCCCGUCGGAGCCCCCGUCUGGGGCCAGCAGACCCCGAUGAGCAACCCUUUCCAGCCCGCCGCCAGCCACAUGCCUCCGCCCAGGCCUCCGCCCAGGCCGCCGGUGAGUGAAGCCCCGCCCAAGGUAGAGAAAAGCGCCUUCACCGCCCUGGACCCCCUGGGGGAGAAGGAGAAGAAGACGGGGAAGGACAUGUUCAAGGACUUCGUCCUCACGCCGCCCGCCAUCCCGGCCCGGAAGGGGGAGCAGGUCGCCGGCAGCAACGGAGGCGAGGCUUUCAACCAGUACUUUCAAAAUAAAGUGGGCGGUAUUCCUGUAGAUGCGGAACACAGUGACUUUGACUUCAAUCAAAUGUCCCCUGGGAACGACGUUCCUAAACCAACCGGGCCCCCUGUCACAGCACCAAUGGCCCAACCCGGACUUCUGGACGCUUUCUCCUCGUGUCCGGUCACGGGGCCUGCGCCUGGGCAAGUGCUGAACCCUAACAUCUUUGACGACGCAUUCGGGGCGCCAAAUGCAGGCAGUCCCUUUGGAGCGCCACCAAUGGCUAUGCAAAGCGCUCCAGUUGUCCAGGCGUCUAACCCUCCGGAUGCCUUUGACGACCCCUUCGGGAAUCCCUUUGCUUGACUGUAACCAUAGCAACAACGGGGCGACCUGAAGCUCAUGAGUAUCGGAAUAUGGCGAUCAUCAUGUAUUGUAGACGUCGGUUCACAGCUGCUGCGACGUACGAGGGAAACCAAAUGAUCCACUCCUGCCUCGACCCUCAGACGGCAAAUGAUGACAAAGAAAAAAAAUACGCUUCAGCAUCUCCACCUUUUUAAAGAAUUUCGUCCUGUUGUAAUAAAUCAAUUGUUUUCUUGAGUGUCUUUCAAAUGCAACUGAAUGUGAUGUAAAAGGGAGUAUUCAAAAAGGGAAUGUUUUUGUCGUGAUCUGCUGAAGGAAUAAAGACACACUAAAUGGUGGCUGGGGUGGGGGACACGUCUAAACACGUUCAAUGCUGCAAUGUUUGUGUACAACCAAAUAGUUUAUAUAAAAGAGAGAAAUAA